AUGAAGGUCGAGCUUGAUUCCUUUUCCGGUGGCAAAAUCUACCCAGGUAGAGGUACCCUAUUUGUCCGUGGUGACUCCAAGAUCUUCAGAUUCCAAAACUCGAAGUCUGCCUCUUUGUUCAAGCAGAGAAAGAACCCAAGAAGAGUUCACUGGACCGUCUUGUUCAGAAAGCACAACAAGAAGGGUAUCACUGAGGAAGUUGCCAAGAAGAGAUCCAGAAAGACCGUCAAGGCCCAGAGACCAAUUGUCGGUGCCUCUUUGGACUUGAUCAAGGAAAGAAGAUCCAUGAAGCCAGAAGUCAGAAAGGCCAACAGAGACGAGAGAUUGAAGGCCAACAAGGAAAAGAAGAAAGCUGACAAGGCUGCCAGAAAGGCUGAAUUGGCCAAGGUCGGCGGUACUCAAAGCUCGAAGUUCUCCAAGCAACAAGCUAAGGGUGCUUUCCAAAAGGUCGCUGCUACUUCUCGUUAA